GUUUUUUUUCCCCCUGAUUUGAUUUAUUUUUGAGUUUUUUUGUUUGAAAAAAUAAAUCCUUGACGCUAGAGGGGAGAGAAUGGGUUUUGAGAAAAAAAGAUUAUCCUGCUAAUAUUUUAAUUAUGGUUUAAAUUCCAAUUGGUGCGGCAAAUUGUUUACUGGGUGAUGUUUGCUUUUGGGUCAAAUCUUUUUCUCAGUUUUCCUCCUGUGUUUAAUUGGGAUUCCUUUAUGUAGAUAUUACUAUCCUUUUCUCUUUGAGCCCUGAAUUAAUUCCUUCUCUCUAUUCUUAUUCCUGAAUUGGACUCUUAAAACUUUCUGGUGGUGUUAAGUUUUUGCAUUCCAUAUAAUUGGAUGCUAUAUUUAGUUGGCUUUUCAUUGUUGUCUGCUCAACCAGUUGACAUCUGUGAGUGGACUGCAGACAAGGAAGAUUUUUUAGUAAAACUUGUCGAGCUGCAAAGGAAAGUCCAGCCAUGAGUCAGCCUAAAAUUAAGCGUCUCGUGGGCAAAUAUGAGAUUGGAAGAACAAUUGGUGAGGGAACAUUUGCAAAAGUGAAGUUUGCACGGAAUUCUGAGACAGGGGAGCCUGUGGCUAUUAAAAUUCUUGAUAAAGAGAAGGUUCUCAAACACAAGAUGGCGGAACAGAUCAAGCGAGAAGUUGCAACUAUGAAGCUGAUAAAGCAUCCGCAUGUUGUUCGAUUGUAUGAGGUGAUGGGAAGCAAGACAAAGAUAUUUAUUGUUUUGGAGUUUGUUACUGGGGGAGAGCUCUUUGACAAAAUUGUAAACCAUGGCCGGAUGAGAGAAGAUGAAGCUAGGAGAUACUUCCAGCAGCUUAUAAAUGUAAUCGAUUAUUGCCAUAGCAGGGGUGUCUAUCACAGAGACCUGAAGCCAGAAAAUCUGCUGUUGGAUGCUCAUGGAAACCUUAAAGUUUCAGAUUUUGGAUUGAGUGCACUUUCCCAGCAAGUCAGGGAUGAUGGCCUGCUUCACACCACCUGUGGUACUCCAAAUUAUGUUGCUCCUGAGGUCCUUAAUGAUAGAGGCUAUGAUGGGGCAACUGCUGAUUUGUGGUCAUGUGGAGUGAUACUCUUUGUACUGCUUGCUGGGUAUUUGCCUUUUGAUGAUUCUAAUCUUAUGAACCUAUAUAAAAAAAUUUCAGCUGCAGAAUUCACUUGCCCCCCUUGGCUUUCUUUCAGUGCCAUGAAAUUUAUCACUCGAAUUUUGGAUCCCAACCCCAUGACUCGAAUAACUAUUCCUGAAAUUUUAGAAGAUCAAUGGUUCAAGAAAGGUUACAAGCCCCCAGUGUUUGUAGAGAAAGAAGAUACCAAUUUGGAUGAUGUUGAAGCUGUCUUUAAGGAUUCAGAAGAACACCAUGUUGCGGAGAAGAAAGAGGAACAGCCUACACCUAUGAAUGCGUUUGAGCUAAUUUCUAUGUCUAAAGGGUUAAACCUUGGGAAUCUAUUUGAUGAACAGGCUUUCAAGAGAGAAACAAGGUUCACUUCUAAAUGCCCUGCUAAUGAGAUCAUCAAUAAGAUCGAGGAAGCAGCAAAGCCCCUUGGUUUUGAUGUUCACAAAAAAAAUUACAAGAUGAGGCUUGAAAAUAUGAAAGCUGGGAGAAAGGGAAACCUUAACAUUUCUACAGAGAUAUUUCAAGUAGCACCUUCUCUUCAUAUGGUUGAAGUGAGAAAAGCAAAAGGCGACACUUUGGAGUUCCAUAAGUUCUAUAAAAACCUUUCGACCUCCCUUGACAAUGUUGUCUGGAAAACCGAGGAGGACAUGCAAGAAGCAAAGUGAAAACACUGCCGAUUUUGAUGUGUGAUUUAGCCGGAUCUUCUGGUUUCUAUGUUGCCCAUCGUUUUCCUUUGUGUUUUUUAUGUUCAUUCUUUAUGAUCAACUUAUCUAGCGACCCUCUUUUGUGCUCUCUUUUUUUCCUACCCCCCCCCUCUUAGGUAGACAUGGAUUCUGGAAUUGUUUUUCUGUGUUAUUGCGCUGGAGAGCUUGUAAAAUUUUCACUUCUAAAUGUAAAUGUCAGAUCAUGGGGCAUACCUGAUUGUAUGACAAGAAAAAGAAAAUUCUUGUUUUCCUUGGAUUUUCUUCUUUCUUCCCCUCCCUUCUUACA